AUGCAUGGGGAAACACAGGUGCAUGUCAAUACUGUUAGUGGGGGCAGUAAAAUAUCUCAGAAACUGACUUAUGCCAAUGUUGUGAAGGGUGAUACUGUUAAGCCGAAUAAGGCUGGGAUUUUGCUUAAUCUUGAGGGUAAGGAUAUUGUUAAUGAUCUGGCUUUGAAACCAUCAGUUUUUUGUCAAGUUAGAAGUGUAAGGUCGAUUCCAAAGUUAUUACUUUUGCUGAAAGAGGAAGGUUUUCAUGACAUACAGAUAAAAUAUUUGGGUGGUGAUUGGGUUUAUGUGGACUUCGAAUCAGAUUUGGUGUGUACGAAGUUUAAGAAGUCUUCUUCUGUUGGCGCUUAUUUCUCUAACUUUAGGCCUGUGGUUAAUGGGUUUAAGGUUUUAAAGAGGGUUGUUUGGAUUGAAAUUCUUGGUUUACCUUGUUGUGCAUGA